AUGUACUAUUUCUUCAAAAUGAAACGAAGGUUCUCUUGGAGAGGGUUAUCCAGUGAAGAAGCGUAUACUCUACUGGACGAAAUUCCUUCGGAGGGAUCCGAUGGUUCAGAAUCUGAUAUGGAUGAAGUCACUGAUAUGCAUAUGGCUUUAGAUGAUCCAGAUCAAGAAGUUGAUGUGCUUAAUGGACAAGACGAGUCCGACAUUGGAGAAAUAAAAAGUGUAAAGAAAAUUAAAGAAGGCUUAUUAAUUCAAACGACCUCAAAUGCACAGACAAAACGUUUACUCGAAGUUAAAAGAUUCGCAGGUUUAGAUGUUUCAACUUUAACACAUCCAACUUUAAAUUCAUCAAGAGGUGUUAUUUUUUGUCACGAUCUACUGAAUUGUACAACUGAAGAAAUAGUAAAAGAACUAGAACCUAUAGGUGUUACAAACGUAAGAAGAUUAAAAACUAGGAAAGAUGGAAUAUUAGUCGACUCUCCCUCACACGUUUUAACAUUUAACACACCAAAAUUACCCGACUCAAUUAAAGUGGCAUAUUAUAAAUUGAAUAUUCGACCAUAUAUACCUCCUCCAGUUAGAUGCUUUCACUGUCAGUUAUUUGGUCAUGUGGCACAAAAAUGCCCCAACAAUAAAAUAUGCGCAUGCGGAAAAGAACCUCAUGAUCCUCCUUGCAUUGAUCCAAAAAAAUGUGUUAAUUGUGAAGGAAGCCAUUCAGCCAACUAUAAGAACUGCCCUAAAUAUAAAAUUGAAGAAGCAAUCCAGAGAAUAAAAGUUACCGAAAAAGUCACGUAUUCAGAAGCAAAAAAGAAAGUUAUAGUAAACACUCCAAUAACUAACGUUUCAUAUGCUACAGCAUCGAAAAAUCUAACACCCCAAGUAAACGUUGAAAACCUAAUAAGUAAUUUCAUACCCCAGAUAGAGUCAAUUAUUAAGAAAGUAAUGACCAACAUUAUUAUCCCACAACCACCCCUACCACCCCUUCCAUCUCAAUCGACAGAGCUACCCCCCCCUCGUUACUCCCUAAGACAUAAACGAACCAGAUCCGAGAGUUCUGAUAUCGAAUCGCUGACUAGCGAGACACAAUACAGCUCUCAAGCUGAAAAAACUAAAAAAAAACAUAAACAGAAAAGAGGUAGACCACGGAAAACAGACAAAAUCAAUACAGAGUUAAGCCCAGAACCUAAUAAGGAUUCUGUUGUUCUUCCUCAGAUCCCACUAUCACCUUUACCUUUGAUAGUUAACUCAUCUUAAUAUAUUCACUUUAUAAAUAUCGUAAAG